AUGAUUAUCAUUACUUUUCAAUUUAUUUAUCGAUAUUUUGCAAUUUGCAAAGUUCAAAAUAUAAAAUAUUUUGAAGGAAAAUGCUCAUUUAUUUGGAUUUUCAUUGGUUCAAUUUUCAUUAUCAACAUAUUUUUGAUAGCGAAAUUGGCUGGAAGAUCAGAUGGACUUCUUGAAAAAGCAUUUUUCAAUGAGUUCAAUAUUUCAAUAUCGAAUGUUUCUUAUUUUGUGAUCUCAUACUAUAAUGAAAACGGCGCUGUAAAUUUUAAUGGAAUUCUAUCAGUUUGCAAUAUGUUCUUGAUAAUGACAAUGUUUUCUGGAAUCUCACUAAUUUGCGCUAUAAAAACAUACAAAUCUCUAAACAGAACACGAGAAACAGUCGAGGUUCUAUCUGAUGUUCUGAAUACCCAAUUAUUUUUUGCACUGAUUGCUCAAACUUGUGUUCCAAUAAUUUUCAUCUACACCCCAAUUUCAAUUAUUCUUGUAGCCCCAACUUUGAAUGCAAAUGGACAAUUUUUACAAGCCGUAACUGGAUUCAUAGCUAUUUAUCCUAUUUUAGAUCCUAUUUUAAUUUUAUUGAUUGUUAGUCAUUUUCGACAACAAACUCGUGAUUUACUAAAGUUGUCUACGUGGAAAAACAUUUUUUUCAAAUCAUCGGCUGUUGAGUCGUUCAAUGGAGUUAUCUGAGAAGUUUUUAAAGUAAAUUUCAAUUUUUUUAAUUGAAAAAUUGUUCAAAUAUAUUUCUAAAUGAUGUUUUUAUAAUGAAAGGUUUAUAUAAAAUGACGUUACUAUUCAAAAAACUGUUCCUGAACUUUGAUACUAUGGCAGCCCGAUUAAAUGAAUGUGUUUGUCCGAUUGUAGUGGCAACCAUGGUUUCGCCAGAAAAGAAACAUUCAUAGCUUUUCAUUAUUUAUAAAAACCACAAUGAUUUUUGCACUUCUUUUAAAAUUUAUUCUGAUUGAAACAGUGAGUUCUGAAUAUUAUUAAUUGGAAAAAAGUUUUUUUUUCUCAGAUAAUAUGUUAUCAAAUUGUUCUAAUUUAUGGAACUCUGAAAGUUUCUGGUGUUUUGAGCACAACAAGUUUGGAUAACUAUGAUUCAUGUGCAUCUUCGUGUUUAUCAAAUAUAAAUUGUGUCUCUUUAAUUUUUACACCAUCUUCGGGUUCUUGUUCAAUUUAUUCAAUGUAUCAAGUUUUAUCCUAUCAGAAAAAUGAUACUUUGGAAACUAUUGUUGGAAUUAAGGUGGAGUUUUUUGUGACUUUUUUUCCGAAGCACAUUUUUGAAUUAUUUUUUCAGACAAACUCAACUAGUUUAAUAUGUUCGUCUUCAUUUUCUGAUGUUGAUUUAUCUGGUGAUGUAAAUGGAAUUGCAUAUCAAUUUUCAGAAUCGGACUCAACAUUUAGUUAUGAAACUUGCCCUGAUGGAUAUAAACAAUUUACACGAACUCGUGGGUUAUGGUGUAUGAAAUUAUACAAUUUCCAAACUGCUAAAAUUGCAUAUAAUAACUCAUAUUGUUCACAAUACUCAGCAUAUCCAUCAGGUUUUGAUAAUGCAAAUGAAGUGUCUUAUAUAACCUCACAAAUGAUAGCAAAUUCAAUGUAUGCAGUUGAUGUUGCUGUUGAUGGAUAUCGAAGUUCAUCUUGCUUCAAUUCAACAACUGUUUGGUGUGAUGAUUAUGAAUACUUUAAUAAUUAUACAUCCACUCCAGCUUAUAUCAAUUGGACAUCUACAAGUCCAUCGAGAUGGACAUUCACUUAUCAGGAAAACAGAUUGGCAAUUCGCAUGGCAAAUUCCAGUAUUAGGAUUAAGAUUUUUAAUGAUAUUGCUUCUGUUGCAUGGAUGUAUGGUUUUGUUUGUGGUGUUCCAUUAGGAAAUUGGGAUUUUGAAUAA